UCUCAAAAUUGAAAGCAAACAGCGGAAAGGAUGUCUGAAUAUAACUUAUUUAUUUCAAAGGAAAACAUUAAAGACAUUUCCAGUUAUACUUCGCAGUCGGCUUCCAAUUUAAAUAACUUUAUCUCUAAGAUAAAGAACUAUAAGAGGACGGACACAGAGUUUGUGGCCUAUUUGGAAAAUAUCAUUAAGAGUCCUCUUUUCUCACUGAUUAUGAUCGUCACAGUCUCAGUGAAUGCAUUCUUUAUGGUUUUGGAAACCGAUUAUACAAUUCGGUUUAAUUUAUUUCUGUUCUUUGAGUUUUCAGAAGCUAUCUUCAUGGCCAUUUACUUCACUGAGUUUAUCCUAAAGAUUUAUGUGGCACCACUCAACUACUGGAAGAAUGAGUGCAACUUGCUGGAUUUUUUUGUUCUUUUCAUUGCUUGCAUCCCUUAUGGCCUUACCAAGAUGAAAUAUGGUUACUUAUAUGCCAAUAUUGCCACUGGGAUCCAGUCUCUUCGGAUCCUCAAGCUGAUCUGCUACAGUCGUGGAAUGAUGGCGCUUCUGAAGGCCCUGUGGCGGACUGUGAACACGGUGGCUUCUAUCUUGGCCUUGCUGUUCCUCCUGAUGUUCACCUUUGCCAUUUUGGGCCACAGUUUGUUCGGGGGCCAGGAAAAGGGAGACGUAGAAAACUGGGGGAACCUGGCAUCUUCCUUCUUCACGCUCUUCAGUUUAGCCACGGUGGAUGGCUGGACCUUUCUGCAGAAAGAAUUGGAUGUGCGCAAAUUCAGCGUAAGUCGAAUAUUCACCAUCAGCUUCAUCCUGCUCGCCUUCUUCGUGUUCCUGAGUAUGUUCAUCGGUGUGAUGAUCAUCCACACAGAGGAUUCAAGCAAGAGAUAUGAGAGACAGCUGAAGGUGGAGAGGCACACUGCCCUUCUGGAAGAGAAGCAGUUGAUCCUGAUGAAGCAGCAGGAAGAAAUCGGCAACCUGAUGCAAGGACAGAAAAAUUGCGAAAACAAAAGUUUCAGUGAACUGGUGGAGAACUUCAAGAUGACCCUUAGUCACUCGGACCCAAUAAUUCUAGAUGAAUUUUGUGCUACUCUGCCUUUUAUUGAUAUCUACCUGACAUCCCUGGAUAACCAGGACAAUACUCUCAAAAGGCUUCUCAAACUCUACUAUGAAAUUGUACAUGUUUCCAAUUUGAUGAUGGAGGAGGAAUUAGAAAAUAAAUCACUGUCUUCAUAGUUAUAGAAACAUCCUGCUGAAGUUUGGAACAAGUAAGAAAUUGUUUUCCCAUUAAAAUAACAAA